UGGUGGGGGGUCCGAGAGACUAAACGUCAAACGACGUAUAUUUAUAUGAUUGUGGCUGAUGGCAACGAGCAUGCUCAAUCAGCGCCAGAAUGCGAGAUGAGUUUUGUUCCGCGACUGACCAUUAUAUUCAUAUACGUAAAGCAGACUGUCGAAUAAAUAAGAGAGAAUUACCCUUGUGUCUCGUCUUGAUACAUGAGUCUGUUGAAGACUGUUGUGUCAUGCGAGUUUUAGGUGACGCCAUGCCGCUAAAUUCUACCCCAGAUUCUAGCGCGACACCCCCUGGACACACCCGCAGACCCCCCGAAGAUUUCCAAUGGGCCUCUUUUCUUCUAGCGUGCUGACGUCGUUCAUGUCCAAAUCCAGUCCCAUGCGAUCGCCAAAAGAAAAGAAAAAAUAUUCGGACCGCACAAAACCCACGAUAGUUUCCUGCCAGCAUGCGGUUCUCUCAGUAACACUAUAUUCUUCUAAUCGCCAACAUGAACGUCCAACUAGGAAGGCAGUUCUUACGCGUUCAGCUGCCCCGAGCACAAUCUGUGACACCUGUCAGUUGUUCGCGUCGCAUUGCAAUACCGCAAUCGUCGCGACAGUCGAAUGGCAGACCACAUGCAGUCUCGCCUGUCUCUCGUCGCUAUGCCUCAGGUCAAGCAGCAGCUGCUGAAGCCAAACAAGAAGACGAGCCCAAGAUCAACACCGAAGCUGUUACGACACCAUUAGAUGCGACCACACAGGUUUCGACGCCUCUGAACCCAGACGUGGCCCUGUCUUCAACGCUCAACCCACCCGCGACAACAAGACCACCACUGAUUACUAUUCCAAAGAGGGAGCCCGACUCUUCCCUCUUCAGUUACCUCUUCAGCGUUGGCAAGACGUACCUCACUUUCUACAAGAACGGAGUCAAGGCAAUAAACACGAAUCGCAAGCUCCUGAAGGAGAUUUCGCAAACCCUAGAUGGACCCCCCAACUUGACAGGGUCGGACACAAAAGUCACACCUACAAGGGCUGCAGUUCUUCUCCGCGAACGAACAAGACAUGACAUAGCCCGCCUACCGAUAUUCGGCUUGGUCUUCCUCAUCUGUGGCGAGUUUACGCCGCUAUUGGUCCUUGUCUUCCCCAAGCUGACGCCCUUGACCUGCCGCAUACCCAAACAAGUCGAGAAGCUGCGAGCCAACGCUCAGGAGCGACGCGCAGCAUCUUUGGAAAACAUGCGCCACAUCACUGAGUCUGCCGCCCUGGAGAAAGCGUCCGCCGGCAACAUUGUGAGGUGUCUGGGCCUCGGUAGCAGUAUCUGGGACAAGGUCGGCAUUGAUCCUCCGUUCGCUGCGGCCAAGGCUCAGGCUGCGGUGAGCAGGAUUCUCAAGGAUGAUAUCAUGAUCCGGGACGGCGGCGGCGUUGGAGCCUUGGACCCCGAGGAGGUCGUGCUCGCCUGCGAGGAUAGAGGCUUCGACGUAAGGGACGGGGAUGUUGACAAGCUGCGCGCGAAGCUCCAGCAAUGGAUCCAAUCAUCAACAAAGGCAGAAGGUGCCGAUGGCGAGGCUCGUAUUCGAAAGAUGAUUGUUGGGCUUGAUCCCGACGAGAAGUAGAUCAGCGCGGCUUCUGGGUCACAGCCUCGCCACUCAUCACAUAUGCUAUAUUGGAGCAACAGGUUCAGUACCGGAGUUCCACGUACCUGGCGGACUGCAUCGCACUCUCCUGCUCGUCUGUAUUAGUUUUUGCAUAUAUGCCAUAUGAAAGCAAAUGGUCUUGCUGACGCCUUUGCUAU